AUGGCUAAAUCUGUGAUGGAGAAGACUAACAUUGAUGGUGCUCCAGAGCUUGCUGCUCAUCACAAUCAGACAUGCUCUUCUUCCACAAACACUGGGGAGAAGAGAAAGAGGGAAGGAUUGGUGAGUCGAGAAAGAGGAACUGGAAAAAGCAGCGAGACUGAAGAAGAUGUUAUUAUAGUUGGUGACACUAAGGCUAUUAAAGAUUUUGGUUUUGGUGGAGCAGAGAAGUCUCAGAGGUCUGUGUUUAGCAAGCGACAUGCUUUUGAUGUACAAAGCAAUAUAAGUCUUAAAGGUUCUUUGGAGGAAUCGUGGGAAGAACCAGAGAUAGAAAAGCAGGAUUCUACUUUUAAUGAUUUUGAUAUGCUGAGGGAAGAAGUAAACUUUGAGGUUGGACAGACAUGGGCUCUUUAUGAUGAUAAGGUGGAUGGGAUGCCUAGACUGUAUGCUCAGAUCACAAAAGUUUCAGUUCCUGGUUUCUGUCUUAGUGUCAAAUGGCUUGAGCCUGAUCCAGAUUCCAAGGAGAAAAUACAGAGUUAUCAAGAAGGGUUGCCUGUUUCUGUGUGCAGUGAAGGGAGUAGCGCAGGAACUUUCAAUGUAUACCCAAAAGAAGGAGAGACGUGGGCUAUCUUCAAGGGUCACUUGUUCCCCUACUCGUUACGGGACGUUGACUGGUCAGCACAUCCUGAUUCACACUGUAAAUAUAACUAUGCAUUCGUCGAAAUCUUAUCAGAAGAUGCUGAUCCUAAUCAUCCUAGAGUACCUAUUGGAUUCUUGCACAAAGCAAAAGGUUUUUCAGGUGUGUUUUGUCGCUUUAACAAGGAAGUUGAUAAGACUUGCAUUCUGCGUGGCUGUACAGAACAAUUCUCGCAUCGUGUUCCAUCAUUUAAGACGACUGGAAUAGAAGCAGAAGGUGUGCCUCGAGGUGCUUAUGAGCUGGAUCCCGCAGCACUACCAGAAAGCAUCAACGAGAUUGACGUCCCUUUACAUUAUCUACUAGAAGAGCCUAGUUCUACAGCGUCAAACCCUGAGGAGGAUAAUAAUAGUAAUACACAUAUGCAAUGUGUUUACUUUGCUAGUAAAGGAAUAACUUUUCAAACAGGCCAAGUCUGGUCAUUUUGCAGUGGUGAUGAUAACUUGCCCCGGCACUAUGGAAAGAUUCAGAAGAUCACGUUUGUUCAGGCGUUUGAGCAGGAUCCGGUGGUUAAGUUGCAUAUAGGUCGGCUAAAGGCUAGACUUAACAAAGGCGUCAUCCAGUGGAGUGACAAGGAAAUGCCCAUCGGAUGUGGAAAUUUCAGGGCAAGAAAAGUUCUGGAGAUAUUCAUUGAUCUUGAUGUGUUUUCACGUCAAAUAAGCCUAGAAUCCUCAGGAGAUGGGAGUGACUACAGCAUCUUGCCCAAGACUGGUGAAGUUUGGGCAAUAUACAGAAACUGGAGUAGUGACCUUGAAGUCGUUGAUCUGAAGUCCCAGACUUAUGAUCUUGUGGAAGUUCUUGAUGAUAAAGUGGACUACAAGGUUCUGCUGUUGGCGCCUGAUGGUGGUUUUAAAUCAGCCGAUUCUGCAGGGUUUGGUUCGGUGUAUGUGACUGCUACAGAGCAUUGGAUUGAUGGUGCAGACGUGAGAUUCACAAUCCCAAAAUGUGAAAUGCUCAGAUUCUCGCACCAAGUUACUACUUCGAGGGUGACAAAAGAGCUACAUGGAACUUGGCAAGAAGUCUAUGAACCUGAUAUUGAGGAAUUGCUUGUUUUGAGCUGUGCUGUUAGUGUUGGUGAGAAGAGAAAGAGGAAUGAGGAUGGUGAAAGUCGCAAUACUGGAUAUGAUGGUCUGAGGUUUAAUGACUUUGAGAAGCUGAGGGAAUAUGCAAAUUUUGCGGUUGGUCAGACGUGGGCUCUUUAUGAUGAUAGAGUGGAUGAGAUGCCUAGAUUGUAUGCUCGGAUUCGUAAACCAGAUCCAGAUGAUGAGAAACAGAUCCAAUGGCUCGAAGAAGACUUACCUGUUUCUGCUGGUCAGUUCAAGCUUGGCAAACAUCACAACACAAAAGACUGUUCCAUAUUCUCACAUGUUAUACACUGCAUGGAAGGAAGCAACACUGGCCAUCUCACUGUUUCACCUAGAAAAGGCGAGAUUUGGGCUCUAUUCAAGAACUGGGAUAUCAACUGGUCUUCAGAGCCAGCUUGUCACCGCAGUUACGAGUAUGAGUUUGUUGAGAUUUUGUCUGAUUACGCUGAGAAAGCUGGUGUAUCUGUUGCAUUCUUGCAUAAAGCAAAAGGGUUUGCAAGUGUCUUCUUUCGAAUGGGAACUGGUCAUGCUCGCAUUUCACCUCACAGUUUAUAUCGAUUCUCCCACAGUGUUCCUUCCUUCAAAUUGACUGGAAUUGAAGGUGUGCCAAGAGAUGCUUACGAGCUGGACCAAGCUGCCUUACCGAAAACAAUCCAAGAGAUUAUGGUGCCUUCAGAGAGUUAUAGUAAGCCUAAACGCCAAGACAUCUACUUUGUUAGCAAGGGGAAGGUUUUUCAGACCGGGCAGAUUUGGUCAUUCUGCAGUGGCUAUGAUGAUUUGCCUCUGUACUACGGUAAGAUUCAGAAGAUCACAUUUACUCAUGCAUUGAAUCAAGAGGCAGUGUUUAAACUACACAUUGGUAGGCUGAAGGCUACUCCUUUCCCUAUGGACGUCAGCGAAUGGGAAGUCAAGAGAAUGCCCGUUGGUUGUGGAACUUUCUACGCAAGAAAAGCUCUUGAAAUAAUCACCCCAAGUCAAGUUUCACAGCAGGUAAUGCCUCAAAUCUCCAUGGAUGGAACUGAAUAUACCAUUCUCCCCAUGAUUGGUGAAGUUUGGGUGAUAUACAGAUACUGGUGCUAUGACCUUGAUAUUGAGGAUCCGGAAUUUGGUUUUAAUGAGUAUGACGUUGUUGAAAUUCUUGAUGAUGCCUUGGACUACAAAGUCUUACUCCUCGAGCUCCAAUCCGUUCCUGGUGAAGACACAAUGUGUGAAGAUGAAGAUAGAGAUGAAUAUAGGUUUCUUAGGGUAGUUAAAGGGAGGAAGUAUCACGGGGAAGAUGAUGAUGAGUCAGAACCAGAAUUUACAAUCCCAAAGAGGAAAAGGCUCAGAUUCUCGAAUAAAGUUCCUGCUUGGCGUGUAACCAGAGAGAUACAUGGAGAGUUAAAAGACCUUAUAAAAGUUGAUGCUAGAGCUUUGCCUUCGUGCAUCAGAUUUCCAGACUUUUAAGCUAAGAAAUUGAGGGAAGGAAAGAGGAUUUUUUUUCCUUGUAGUAUCAUGUAAGCAUGUUCUUAUCUUAACUAAUGAUCUUAAGAGCAAAGUAUCUGGAAGUUGGUCUAAGUAUAUUUACUGUUGAUCACAGAUUCAUCAACCUAGUCAAAAUGUAUAUGUGCAGGUUGGUUUUUGAAUUGUGUUACUAAAUGUACGUGUU